GUGUUAAUAAGAUAGAUUAGGAAAAAAGUAAGGGCAUAUAUGUCAUUUUACAACCCAAAAGUUACCAAAUAAGGGAAAACAAAAAAUUUGUUGUAGGUAAUUUGAACCACCCAAAAUGAAAAUUGUUGCAAGUAAAAUGAACCGGAGGUAGUAUAUAAUAAUUAAAGAAAAAAGAAAAAUCAGACUUCAUCUCCGUUCUCUCUCAUCAUCGUACACACUCGAACUUACAAAGUACAAACCCUAAUUAGCAAAAACUCACCCUUUCAUUAAAUCUCCCAAAUUCCGAUUCCAAUUCCAAUUCGAAACUUCUUUUCCCCCAAAUCACUCUUCAAAACCCUACAUUUUCGUUUUUCAAUCGAAAUUUCGAAUCGAACUCAAAAAAAAAGCAAUCGGAAUCCUAUUCAAAUUUGAGGUAAUAGAUCGAAUGAUGGGUAACACUAGCGAAAACACAGAAUCACAAAAAUUUCGAUUGUAUGGGAAGACGAAAAUGCCAGAGCUUCAACGUGGAAAUUCAGUCAAAACGACGACGAAUAAGAAGCAGAAGAAUAUCGUUGAUAAUAAUCAGAAGAAAUCGACUCAUUUGGUUGGUAACUACAUUCGAACUCGCGCAGCUGUUGCGAGAGAAGCAGAAGCAGUAGCAGUAGUUGGUGUUGUUGAAGAGGAGAGAGAAAAAGUUGUUAAGGAUCCUCCGAGAACUAGGUUAGCUGUGAAAAAGGGCAAAUUUAAGGAACAAACAACAAACAACAACAAAAGGGUAAUCAAUAAUACUAAGAAUAAUAGUGGAAAGAAGAAGAAGGUUGUUGAUAAGGUUGUACCAGUGGUUGUGAUAUCGGAGAAGGAAAGUGAGUUAAACGAGAGAGAAUCAGAAGUCAGAGAAGAAAUGUUGGGAGAUGAUAGUGGUGGUUUAAGUGCUAAUAAUAAGGGAACUGGACAUGAUGAUGAUGGAAAUAAAUCCCCUUUUCCUGAAAGGGUUCAAGUGGGUGCUUUUCCUAUUUAUAAAGUAGAAAGGAAGAAAGGUGGGUUUGGUCAGGUGUUUGUUGGCCGUCUUGUUAACGGUGGGAAUGAACGCGCCACCGGGUCUGGGGCUUUGGAGGUUUCAGGAAAAUAUCCAACACUUGCUCCUUGCAGCAAGAGGCCGAGUUGGUCUUGGUCUAUUCCCAGAGAAAUUAUGUUUCACAUCUUUUUAUUUCUUCGUGCUUCACUUCUUCAGGAGAUUGUGAGGUUCGUUUGCAAGGAGUGGAAUGCUAUAAUCUCUGACCCGCACUUUAUUAGAGCCCACCUUCUUCAGUCCAUGUCAUCUCCUGCUACUACUGGUUUCCUUAUUCAAGACAAUGACCUGGAUGAUGCUAAGCUAAAACAGGCCUAUUAUGUUCACCCAUAUGAUCGUGUUGUCAGUAUACUUAAGCUUCCAUUUGAGGCCUUCAUUUUGGCUUCUUGUAACGGACUACUCUUGCUUCAAAAUGCCUUCAUUCCAAAAGAAUUGUCUGUAGUGAAUCUUGUAACUAAAGCCAACAUCAGUCUCCCUCCCCUGUCCCUCACCCUGCCAAAGGUAUGCAUUUAUCGUAAACCUUCUGCUGUUCUAGCAUUUGCACCUUCUUCUGGUCGAUACAAAGUCUUUUGUCCUUGUUUCGUCCCCAAAUAUCCACGUUCACCAUAUCGUCAACGUGAAAAAAAUGAUGAUCAUCUUGCCAGAUUUGAAGUUAAGGUUAUGGUAUGGACAGUAGCUGUUGAUGAAACUUGGAGGGCUAUUGACAUUGACUGUCAAGGCAUUACUAUGAGUAACAAGGCAAAGCAGACACUACUGAGUCAUCCGUUUUCUAUUGCAGCGGGGUAUGUCUAUUGGUUUGAUAUAUGUCACUCUCUUGGUUUUGCCUUGGAUAUAGAUGCUGAAACCAUGUAUCAAUUCGAAGCGCCAGAAGAUAGCGUUAUCAACAGCAAGGUGAAGACUUACUGUAUACCAAUGGACACCGGUGGUGCAGGUAUAAUAUAUUGGCAAAACCCUAGUAAGUUUUGGAAAGUCUGGGAAAUGAUAGGACCAAAAACUGGCCCUUGGGGUAGAUGUAUGAAUUUCGAUGCAGCUGGUAUGUAUUUGGCGCUUCAGAGACAUUUCAAUCCCUCAAAGUUUGGAGUCGCUAUACCUCUUUAUAUGAGCUUGAAAACUGGGGAGUUUUGGUUUUUUGGCUUUGUGGAAACCAAGCAUAGCAUGUCCUUUGCGUUGGUUUGUUAUAAUUGGAAGACGGGAAGUGUUUGGUCACCUCCCCCUAGGUGGCGAAGAUAUUUUGACUUCCCACAUCUUCACGUAAACAGCUUGCUAUCACUGAAGAAUCUCUAGUUGUACGUGGAACGGCGAUCACUUUGAAGAAAUGAAGUGCAAGUGUUGUGUAGUUCGAUGGAUACAUGCAUGUGGAUAUGGAGACUCAACAAAUUUGACGUUGCUGUUUAAGUUAAAUAUUAUUCACCCCCUUCCCCCCCCCCCUCCCCCCAAAAAAAAAUUAAAAAAUUGUUGUUCAGGUCGCUUGGACCUAAUGUUUACAAUUUGAUGUAGACUUGAUUGACAUCAUCAUGUAAGUUAUUUGUACUUCUCUUCCCCCAUUUGUUGUUACUGAUCACUUUGUACUCAACAAUUUAAUGUAUGUGGGAAUUGGAGAUUAGAUUGAUGUCUUAAUGUAUUUUACUGCUUUUCUCAUUUCAAGAAGGCCAAAAUGGAGGCAUUAAUAACUAGUAAGUAGAGCGACACAGAACAAUUUUACACAGGUGUGCUGGUGUAUAGUAUGCACAUGAUUUAAUUUCUUGGCCGGUGCUGGCUAGAAUGAGUUCUUAUAUGUCUUCUGCCGCCCUCUAUCAGUCCUGGACGAUCCAAUGUGUUUCAAGGAAUGAAUCAGUAGGUGGUUCCAUUGUCCAGUUGCUGUGAAACUCACUUGGAUGAAACACUCUCUUCUUCACUGUCCACAGACUUUACACCUGAUUCAGAUCAUCGCUGCUAAGUAUAAGUUCUCCUUCAGAUCAGAUAGUAUGCUCCCAGUAGCUUAUUCUUUAUCAGCAGCCUGCUGCUUGCAACAGAUGGGCAAAACACUAAAUUGAGUCUUUCAUUCGGAAUGAAAUUGAAGUGGAUUAUCUGGAGGUAUUAGGGAAUAUAACAAGCUUUGCUGAUUGAGCUACAAGCGGGUUCGCUGAAGGGAAUACUUUCUGUCUUUUUAUUGGACUUUGGUCAGAAAGGCAACUGGUGAACCAACUGCUCCAGAUUAAAAGAUGUGCGGAGAUGGCUCUUAGAUUGCGAUAUUUCAAGAAACAAGUUUUGACUCCACCAAGUCUUUCUCUUGGAAUAUUGAAAUCAAAGUGGAUUAUCUGGAGGGAAUAUUACAAGCUUUGCUAAUUGAGCUACUAGCGGGUUUGAUUUUGUUCUUAGUUGAAACUUGCGCGAGCUAGAAGCUGUUCAUUGUGAUUUCUGAGAUGAAUUUAAGCAAUGAUAAGUUAUAGUGCACUUAUAAGGAGCUUUCUAAGUAUAAACUACAGGAGGCUGGAGAUUUCUUACAUUCAGCUCAAAGUAGCGCGGUUCUAGCAAAAUGAAGAGUCGUUGGACACACCUUUAUUUUUGGAACAAGGUUGGAGAAUUCUUCUAUCCAGCUCAAAGAAGUGCGCCUUUUUAGUAUGGAGAACUGGAACAACAAAAUGCAGAGAAUACUUAAUUUGGUCAUAUGCGUUGUACUUUUCAUGUCUUCUAUCCUUUUUUAUACCUUUUCAUAAAUUUCAAUUAAUAUGUGUUUAGGACAAGUCGAUUGAUCCAUCAAAGUCUGUGUAGCUGGGGGUUCUUUGCAGGCUUGGUACCCAUAGAGAAAUCUAUGGCAUUUGAAAGGAUCUUGCUUCAUGCAACUAGGGAUAAUGUUUUUAUAAGGCAGACUAGAGUAGAGAAUCCUGUGAUGGAUUGUUUUAGACUAACAUUUGUUUUAUUCAUGUUCUAUUGUUGAUGCUUUUGGACUUACUUCUGUCUUCUUUCAGAUUUUAUCUAACUCAGUUCUUUGUUACUACUGACAUUUCUUACAGUUCAGGAAGAAAGUAAAAGGUAAGAAGAAAAUGCCGAUGAAGUAGUGGAAGGUGCAGUGGGAAGUCUCUGUCUCAGCUCCGAUGUACCCUCUUUACUCUUUUCAGUCAAGAAAGGUAACUUCUUGGAAGAUAUUUUUUGUGUUAUUUAUGUAUUUAGUUGCAUCACAUUAAAAAUUAGAAUAUGAUGAAUAAUAUAUCUCAUUGAAAAUGAAUCAAACAACUUAGCCGCCCCCUCUCUCUCCCUCCUUUCUCUGUUCUUUAUUCUCUCCUAGGGUUCCAAUUUCAUAGCCUUUUUAAGGCAGAAAUAGUCUAUUUCCGCCGCUUUUCUUCUAUCUUUUUUUUUUUUUUUUUUUUUUUGGUGUGUGUGUGUUUUUAAUGUGUUUUGGUCCCAAUAAUUUGAUUGGGUUGGUCCCUAUUAUUAGGGUUCCUCCUAUAUUCAAGGUCUUGUUGUUUCAUCUAUGGAAGAGUUUUUCUUUUCUUUUUAGGGUUUUAAUAAUUGGGAAAUGCUCUGGAUUCAUUUAGAAUUGGGGUUUUUCAUCAACUUUUCGCUCAGAAGAAUUUGUGCUCAUUUUGCGAAGGAAUUUUUGAAAGCUGUAAAGACAUCAAUUGAAUACCUGCAUCGAUGCAAAGACAUCGAAAAUUACUGCCUACGUCAAGACUGAAGCAGUGGGGUAUGAGUUGUGCUUUAGAAGGCUUAUUAGUAAUUGUUUUGACCGUAAGAGUUGUGUAUUUUCUCUAAUUCUAUUGUUUGUAGAUUUGUGUUAUUAUUGUAGAGAUGCCGUAUGGCUUAUUAUUAAUGAUAAUGUUUCUUCCUCGUCAAAAAAAAAAAAAAAAAAAAAAGAAUCAAAUAAGAAACUACAUAAUGGAAAAACACAAAUGUUCACUUGUUUAAAUGAUUGAAAGAGUAUUAUUAAUCAAUUUCACUUUGACUAGCAACAAUUAUUUAUACAAAGAAAAAUACUAUAACAAUUAGUAUCUCGUUGAAUUCACCUCAUUAUAUAGAGAUAUUUAAGUAUAAGGAAAUUGUCCCUCGGAAAAUUUGAAAAGUGAAGACAUCUUUACCUUUAUCUUUACUACUAUAAAAGCCAAUAGGGGGCGUUUCUCAAUGUGCUGCCUCUCUAUUCUAGAGAGAGAAGUUCCUUCUAGGGUUUCUCUCUUGGAAGGGGUUUUGUGCUUCUGAUUCGAAGCUUCUUGCCUUUAGGGUGGGCUCUUUUCUCUCUUCCUCUUCUCUCCACUUCCUAAUCCAUUUCUUGGUUCUGCCUUUUCAUCAAUUGUCGCCCUUUACUUCUCCCGCCCACCUUCCCUGUCCUUUUCUCUCACUGCUGCUGGUUUUAUCGGGGGGCUCGCCGGCCGAGGUCGGGUUAUAGCCCUUCCUUGUGCGCCAGUGAGUCACCCACCCUAGGCCUCAUCAACGUCGGUUUAUUGUCGGCCGGAAGAAGCGCGAUCUGAAUCCAUCCGUUUCGUGCGAGUCAAGGUCUAGACUUGGUUGAUUGGUUUUAAGGUUGCCGGUUUUUGCAACGGGUUAGGUUUGUGCCGUUAUCCUUAAGUCUGAUCUGGUGCUUGUUUGGAUUUCGCUGGCUUCUGACCGAGUUUUACAACUCGUGUUUUUGGGGAUGUUCGUCCUUUUAAUUUUAUGCUUCUUUCAAUGUUUAAUCUUUGUUUGGUGAAUAAGACCCAGUUGAUGAUCUCUGAGUUGUUCAUAAAUAAUUUUCAUUUUGGGUCAGUUAUGGAGCCACCCACCAUUGCUUCCUCUGUUGUUCGAGCGCUUCCUGCGGCAAAUGUUUUAAGACGGGUCGUCCAUGAGUGGACCUACGGGGCUGGCUUUAUAGAGCAGUUUCCGACUAAGGACCCAAGGGCUUCGACUGUGGGUUUCCGCCUGAUCUCAGUUUUGGUUCAUUUGGUGGGUUUGGUAUUCAUGGUUGUUGUGUUGGGGAAGAUGAGUUUGACUCAAGAAGAUCUAAUCUGUAGUGCAGUUGCUUACUCCAUAAUAUCUACAGCGCCGUUGGUGAAGGAAUUAUUGAAAGAUGCAAUGACAUCGAAGAAUUCACAUGGUUUCAAGAUUGGAACCACCUUAAUGGAGAUGAGCGUGAAUAGAAACAAGUUUAGGUGUUGUGGGUGUAGUUUCUGCUUCAGUUAUGUUCAAAUGAUGAUGUAGAUGCCGAGAUGGCUAUUGUGUGAAUGAAAUCAUCUAUCCCUAUCAAAAAAAAAAAA